AUGUCGACUGAAGUGGCUGCUGCUGACAUCCCGGUGCCUCAGGUGGAGGUAGCCGCCGACGCCGCCGUUGACACGCCGGCGGCGAAGCCGGCCAAGGCGCCCAAGGCGGCCAAGGCCAAGAAGUCCACUGGCCCGAAGAAGCCCCGCGUCACCCCGGCCCACCCGUCCUACGCCGAGUUUGGUUCGUUCGUGCGUGCUCAGAUGGUGUCGGAGGCGAUCGCCGCCCUGAAGGAGAGGAGCGGGUCGAGCACCAUCGCGAUCGGCAAGUUCAUCGAGGACAAGCACAAGGCGCACCUCCCAGCCAACUUCCGCAAGAUCCUGCUCACCCAGAUCAAGAAGCUCGUCGCCGCUGGCAAGCUGACCAAGGUCAAGGGCUCCUACAAGCUGGCCAAGGCCCCCGCCGCCGUCAAGCCCAAGACGGCCACCAAGAAGAAGCCGGCCGCCAAGCCCAAGGCCAAGGCGCCAGCCAAGAAGACUGCCGCCAAGUCCCCGGCCAAGAAGGCCGCCGCGAAGCCCAAGGCCAAGGCCCCAGCCAAGGCCAAGGCCGUCGCGAAGCCCAAGGCAGCAGCCAAGCCUAAGGCGGCCGCCAAGCCCAAGGCCAAGGCUGCCGCCAAGAAGGCGCCGGCCGCCGCGACCCCCAAGAAGCCCGCCGCCGCCCGGAAGCCGCCCACCAAGCGCGCGACGCCGGUGAAGAAGGCGGCCCCCGCCAAGAAGCCCGCGGCCAAGAAGGCCAAGAAGUAG